AUGGCCAAACAUCCGGUUACGAUGAGGAUGCUGUUCUUAAUUGCCAUUCAAUUAGCGAUAACCUCCGCACAUCCUCCGACGUCACCAAGGGGUCCGCCACAUCUCGGACCACCUCCCAUGGGCCUACCACCUGGUCCUGGUCCUCAUAUGUACAGAUCAAGGGGUUUCGCCGGAGGGUACUUCAGUGGUGGAGGCAGCGUCUAUGCAUCAUACGGACCAUACUCAUACAGACGGGGUUAUCCAGGACACGGAAGAUUUGGUGGGUUGAGAUAUGGCUUUAGGGAUGGAAGAGAUAAUAACGACAGAUUUGGAGACAAUAGAAAUUAUGGCGAUUUGUUGGGUUAUGGUUCUGGAGGCGGCUAUAGAAGAUAUGGCGAACGUAGAGAUUUGGACUAUAACAAUUUUAACAAUGACAACAACAAUGGUUAUGACGGUAGACGGUACUAUGGUAUUGGAAGAGGUAUGAGUGGUGGGUUUGGUCCCGGCUAUUCUCCAUAUUCCACAUACCGUAUAAUGGGAGGAUACGGUGGUGGCAGGGGAGGGGAUGCAUACAGUUCAUUAGGUCAAAGGUACGGGAGAUAUGGUCCAAGACUAUUUGCCGGAUAUAGAGACCUUAAUGACAAUGGCUAUGGCAGAAACUUUAACAAUGGUUUUGAUAGAAACUUUGACAAUGGCUAUGGUAGGAACUUUGAUAAUGGCUAUGGUAGAAACUUUGACAAUGGCAAUGGAAGAAACUUCAACAAUGGCUAUGAUAGAAACUUUAACAAUGGUUAUGGUAGGAACUUUGGCAAUGGUAAUGGUAGAAAUCUUGAUAACGGCUAUGGUAGAAACUUUGACAAUGGUUAUGGAAGGAACGUUGACAAUGGCAACGGUAGAAACUUUGACAAUGGCUACGGUAGAAACUUUGACAAUGGUAUUGGCAGAAACUAUGAAUAUAGCAGAAGAGGUUUUGAUGAAAACAAUGGAGGCCGGUACAGAUCCAGAGGAGGUAACAGUAAUGGCUACGAAUCAAGAAUAGGUAGAGCAUUAGGGGGAAACGGGUACAACGACCUGAAUAACAACCGAGACAACAAUCACAAUGGUAACAAAUACGACAAUAGAAACAAUGGUAGAAAUUAUAAUAAUAACAACGGUGGUAAUUGGGACAAUUCUAUGGACCAUUUUUAUGCUAAUGGUGGAUUUGAUAGUCGUAUACAAGGUGGCGCUCGACAAAGUGGUUCGGGAAGUGGCAGCCGCGGCAGUGGCUCCAGAGAUGGUGCUCGUCGAAGCGGGUCGAGAAGUGGCAGCCGCAGCAUUGGCUCCAGAGACGGUACCCUAUACAAUGAUGCAGGGAGCGGUAGUCAAUAUAGUGGUUCAGUUAGUGCAAGUGGCGGACGUUACGAUGGUAAUAACAAUGGCAACGGAGGGCUUUAUGACGUAAAUUAUGAUAGAUAUGUUUACAGGAGAAACAGUGAAGAAGAUAAAACCAAAAUUUCACGUAAAGUUAUAUCUUUUGGUACCGAUAUGAAAACUGGUGGUUCAGGUGUGUCAGCUCCUGUUUUGGGUGCCGCUGCAAUAGAUGUUGGACUAGGUGCACCUAUUAACGAUGUAAAUUACAACAACGGAGCGGCAGUCGAUCUUGGCGGAAAUAACGGGCCAGGGGCCACGGGUAUCUCAGGAAACUCUCUAAAAGGAGCUGCUCGUAUAAGAAAACAAGGUGUUGGAAAUGAUCCAUAUGCAUCCUCAGCUGGCGGAGUUUCAUCUGGAGGCAUGCACGUUGAUCCACCUAUUGCUGGAGGUAGUAGUUCAGUAAUGGCUACUGCAGAUGUAGGAACAUCCAUGGCGUCUGCCUCUCUGACUGUUUAA